GGAGAAGAAGCAACAAGAAAUGGUCCCCUUGUUAUUUCCAUAGUGGGCGCGGGAGGGAUUGGAAAAACUACACUUGCUCAAUUAGUGUAUGGGGAUCAACAGAUAAAGACUCAUUUUGAUGAAAGGGUGUGGGUUUGUGUUUCACACCCUUUCGACCAGAUCAAGAUUGCAAAAGCCAUUGUUGAGUCAACCACUGAGAGCUCCGCAAAUCUGUCUGAACUGGAAGUGUUACUGAAAAAAAUACAAAAGACUUUAUCUGAGAAAAGGUUCCUACUUGUGUUGGAUGAUGUGUGGACAGAGGAGGAUGCAAAGUGGGAGCCAUUUAAGAACUGCUUCAAGGAUCUUAUUAAGAACUGCCGCAAGGAUCUUAGUAAGAAAUGCUCUGGGAGUAGAAUCUUGGUGACCUCAAGGAGUGAGAGAGUUGCAAGAAUGAUGGGAAGUGUGUAUCUGCAUCGGGUGAAGCUCAUAUCCGACUCAGAUGCUUGGUUGUUGCUUAGCAGGAUGGCAAUUGAAAGCAGGGAGAAGGCUGCUUAUUCUGAGAAACUGAAAGAUAUUGGUCAGAAAAUUGCUCAAAGGUGCAGAGGAUUGCCACUUGCUGUUAAGGUCAUGGGAAGCCUGCUACGUUUGAAAGACACUGAAGAGGAAUGGCAAAAUGUUUUAUCUAAUCUGGACAUUAAAUUUUGGAAUUUGGAGAAAGUGGAAACAGAUCUCUUUCCUCAUUUGUAUCUAAGCUAUGAUGAUUUAACCCCACAGAUGAAGCGAUGUUUCUCAUAUUGUGCUGUCUUUCCCAAGGAUUAUGAAAUACAUGUAGAUGAGCUCAUAAGAAUUUGGAUGGCACAAGGUUAUCUCACAACAACAAAUUGCACUGAUCAUAAUCAGAUGGAACAACAAGGCCGUGAGGUUUUUGGGAAUUUAGCAAUGCGUUCUUUGUUCCAAGAUUUUGGGAAACAUUACAUGGAUUCCAACAUUAUUAUAUCUUGCAAAAUGCAUGACAUAGUGCAUGAUUUUGCCGAGUUUCUUACCAAAAAUGAAUGCUACAGUGUUGUUUGGCAGGAGGAUAAGCUGAAGAUUGAAAAUCUACGUCAUCUAUCAUGGCAGAAAAUUGGAAGGCCUAUGGAUCUUGCUUCCAUUUGUAAUGUCCGUGGAAAACUUCGCAGCCUUUUUGCUAGAUACCUUUCUCCUGAACAACUUACUCCAAAUAUGUUCAAUGGUCUAAAAUCUGUGAGAGUAUUGGAAUUGCAUGGUUGUAUGUUAUCAAAACUCCCAAAGGAGAUAGGAAAUUUGAUUCAUCUAAGGUACAUUGAUUUACGUUCAAGUAAAAUAGGCGGAUUACCAGAUGCAAUUUGCUCUUUGGAUAACUUGCAAACUCUAAAUCUUGCAGGAUGUAAGUGUCUUUCUAGACUUCCUAAAAGGAUUGGAUAUUUGCAUCAGUUAAGGUUGAUUGAUUUAAGUUGGAGCAAUGUAGAGGAGUUGCCUGAUUCAAUUUGCACUUUGGAUAACUUGAAAACUCUAAAUCUUGCAGGAUGUCAGUGUCUUUCUAGACUACCUCAACAGAUUGGAAAUUUGCAUCACCUAAGGGAGAUUGAUAUAAGUUUGAGCAAAGUAGAGGAUUUACCUGAUUCAAUUUGCUCUUUGGAUAACUUACAAACUCUAGAUCUUAGCGGAUGUAAGUGUCUUUCUAGACUUCCUGAAGGGAUUGAAAAUUUGCAUCAGUUAAGAUCGAUUGAUUUAAGUAGGAGCAAAGUUGAGGAGUUACCUGAUUCAAUUUGCUCUUUGGAUAGCUUGGAAAUUCUAAACCUUGUAGGAUGUGAGUGUCUUUCUAGACUUCCUGAAGAGAUUGGAAAUUUGCAUCACCUAAGCGAGAUUGAUUGUAGUUGGAGCAAAUUAGAGGAGUUACCUGAUUCAAUUUGUUUUUUGGAUAACUUGCAAACUUUAGAUCUUAGAGGAUGUAAGUGUCUUUCUAGACUUCCCGAAGGGAUUGGAAAUUUGCAUAAGUUAAGAUUGAUUGAUUUAAGGGAGUGCAAAGUAGAAGUGUUGCCUGAUUCAAUUUACUCUUUGAAGGACUUGGAAAUUCGACGAUGGGACCUGAAUUGAAGAUUGGCAAAUUGGGAAAUCAGUAAACUUGAGGAUCAGAUUAUUGUGUAGGGUGGGGAUGAUGCAUGCCUGCCUCGUCAAGGCUGAAGGUAAGGUGCAGGUAAUAACUCAUCUGCAACUUUGUACGUAGUUGAAGUGUUUGAGUGAGUGUUGUGAGCAGAUGGAGAUCUGGAUAGAUAGAUGGGGAAGUUGAAGUUAGUAACAGCAAGUGGAGGGGAGGUGUGAAUUAUCCAUUGAAUUGAAGGAUCCAAUCCAAUCUUCUAAAAGGUGUAUUACAUACAACUCAUCACUCCAUCUUUGUUUGAGGAGGCAGCAAAAACCACUGCCACUGCCACUAAACACACACAUUGGUGGAGGAGGCACCCACUAAACACUGCCCUUAUAUGAUGCAAACUUCCACUGUACGCUUUCCAUACUUCCUUCGGCUCAAACUCUCUAACGCCGUCCUCGACGCGUUCCAGAAACCUCGGAGUCCAUAGCCAAACAUACGAAGUUGGAGAAGAUGGCCCGCGAACGGCGAGCGAACACUUCACCGGACAGAUUGGGAUGAGGGAUGUGAUGAACAUGAGGCUACUUGAGAACCCCCAGAGCCAGAGCCACAAUCCACAACUCCUAACCGGCCUAAGAAGAUUUCACACACGAUCUACAACUCGGGAGUUUGUUCAUGCAAUGAGCGAAUUUAAUGCCCGGCAGCGAUUGGCAGUGAAGGCCAUUGGAUUUUAAACCAACUAGACCCUAACAUAAAUGAGGAAUUAUUUUGCAAUGGGAGGAUCGCACUUUUGUCGGAUUUCCUAUCUUUACAGUACAACACAGAAGUGCGAGUAGGUGUCAUUGAUGCAUGGUGUUGUGUACUUGUGUCCUAAAUGACAGGGAGAAAAUGAAAAAGAGGGACAGCCCUAGUCGGUUUUUUGCUUCUACCUAUACAGCGCUCCACACAAUGGUUUCCCCCAACGCCGCCAAGGCAGAAGGAUUGAGUGGUUCAUUGAUCGGUUGGAAGCAUCUCUCAAGCUUGCACCAAACUUGAACUGUGCAACCUUGGACAUGUUCUUCUUGCAGAAACGGUUCUGAUGAUUUAAUUUCCAGAGUUGGUCUCCGAUUUUGUGCACCUCAGUGUUUACAAAAAAUUGUUUUUUGAUCCUGAGAUUGUACUAUAUCGCAGAUUGGCCCAUGGAGGAAUCUCGUGGAGGUUGCCAUUGCGCUACAUUGACAAUUGCUAUCAACUAGUUCUCCAUAUGUGACUGACUUGAAGACAUUGGCCCCUAUGAGAAUGGGAUACUCCAACAUAAACAAAUACGGAGUAGUAUAUAUUACACUUUGAAUUCAUUAAAGUAAAUUACAUUUUCUUUUUAAUUUACUUUAU